CUCGAGAUGCCGCGAACGACCCUGGUACUCGAUGGACUGUGGUAUUGUCUUUGUCCGUCGUUUAAUGCUGCGACCUUCAAUCGAGCUACACCUUCCUUUACAGCAGGGAGACGCAUACCUAAACAUAAUCGCAUAACCGCUCUACGAAGCUCAAUCUCGGAUCCUCCGCGAAGAUGCCUCACCAACCUUACCCCACGACCGACUGACGCAACCAUUGAAAUCGUCGAAGACAAUAGCCACAAUACUACGAAUUGUUCAUCACCCUCCGAUCAACAAGCCUUCGAUCCUGACGAUGCAGGCGCGCAGGACAAUGUACGCCCAGGAGACCUUUUAUCGCCAAUGGAGCGAUUGACCAAGCCGCCACCGGGCGUACCCAAAUAUUUCAAACACCUACCUUCGCAACGUCUAGAGAAUAGACUACAGGAGCGAGUAGCUCGAUAUCCAAGAGUACUGAGCGCCACGCAAAUCCUGCGUGUUCUAAUCCGAGACCGCCAUGUCCGCCCGGAGAUGCGACAUUACCGGGGGCUGAUUCUCGCCAAUUCGGAUCCCGAACGUGGGUCGCCACAGGCUGUUCGCGCAUUGCUAAAGGAGAUGGAAGAGAAUGGGAUACCGGCUGAUUCGGGGACACUUCAUGCAGCGCUACAGGUCCUUGCGGUUCAUCCGGAUUACCUCCUACGUCAGGAGAUUGUGCGCACGCUUCGAGACCGAUGGCUUCCGCUGAGCCCCGCCGGAUGGCACUUUGUGGUCGCUGGGUUGAUUCGGGAGCACCAGUUCGAGCUGGCGUUGGAUCAUGUCGAGCAGAUGGAGAGGAAGGGUAUGGUGGUUGAGAAUUGGCUGCAUAGCCUACUUAUAUAUUACCUUUGCGAUUUCGGAGAGUUCGACGAGGUGGUCCGGCUGAUGCGCUCACGGACGAGCCAGGGCUUGGACAUGAGCUCGGAGUUGUGGUUGUACGUGCUGGAGGUGGCGAGCGCUGCUCUGCACUACGAUACUACACGGUAUAUCUGGAGACAGAUGGUGGAGCUGAGAUAUCUUCAUCCUGGUUAUCCGCUGUGCAGCAAUGUUCUCAGUGUGGCGGCGCGCGCUGGAGAUACCGAGCUGGCGGCAUCGGUGAUCCGCUUCCUCGUCGAGGUCAAUGUGCAGCCUCAGUUGGAUGACUACGAGAAAAUGGUAGAGGCCCAUGCUGUGUCGGGGUCUUUGUAUUCUGCAUUUGAGGUGCUGUGUAAGAUGCAUAUGGCGGACAUUGCGGUAGAGCACCGCUCCACGCGUGCCAUUCUUACGCAUCUGCUGCAGAGUAGGACGACCCCACGUGGUGCAUGGACGAUGCUCAAGCAAUUGAAAGCGACCAAACUGACAGUGCCGCUUGGCUGCGCCAAAGUGGUGUUGGAGAUGUGCGAGCACGAAGCCCUCGAUAAUCCGCCGGUGGUGUACGAGGGAAUCGCGUUUUACAAAGAAUUAUAUGCGCUCUGUCCAGACAAGGCCGACGUUACCGUCUACAACAUUCUCCUCGGCAUGUGUCGACGGGCGCGCAAUACCGAGGCGGGCAUGUUCAUCGCGAAAGAGAUGGCAUCGCUCGGCGUGAUCCCGGACCAAGGAACAUUUGAGCAUCUCAUCGUCAUGUGUCUGGAAGCAGGCAAUUUCGAGUCCGGGUACAUGUACCUGCAAGAUCUGCUGGGACGGGGGAUCCGCCCCGGCGAGGAGACACGAGCUGCCAUCCGGGAGCUCUGUUCUCCAUCAGAAGACCCAUUCGCGUCGCGCCUCAGGCAUCAUCCGCAGAUCCAGGAUGGGUCAGUGGGAUGUCUGGUGGACGAGAUCAGUAAUACUCACGAGCCGCCCGAUUCGACGGAGCAGCAGGAGGAGGAGGAGGGGAACGGGAAGGAGGAGUCGUUUCAUCGCUCGGGACAGACACCGACCCAGGCAGAGAUGGAACGGCAGGCGUUGCAUAAACUCCGACGGGCCGCAGCCAAGGAGAGACGCAAGCGAAAGAGACGACUAGCAGCUAUCGCACAGGGGCAAGAAGAGGAAGGCUGGUUGGACUAUGAGCCAGGGGGGCUUGUUCCUGAGGACCAGCUCGAUGCGAAGAGUAACAAUUGAACUGGGGAUAGAGGGAUGGGCAGCUGGAAAGGGGGGAGUGUAUCUUCCCUUUGUGUAUACUACUACUGUAUCUAGUGUAGAUUCUUGGCCCCUGUGCCAACAACCUAAGCGAUGUAUCUAAUUUCACAAGACACAAGCUGACAGGCAUCAAUUGUGCUGUCAGGAGAAAUACUUGUCCGUGAUUACUU